GCCGGUCACGUGCCCUCCCGUCAGAUCUCUCACCGGAGGGAGGCGGUGCGUGGGAGGAAAGCUCGUCGUUGAUGACGCAUAUUGGUAUGGCCUGCGGGACGCUGAGAUGUCAUCAUCAUCAUCAUCCCGCGCUCGCAAAUUGCGGUGAUGGUUGCUAUGGGUUUAGCGGCGGCAGCGCGAGGGAGUCGUGCUCGGCCGUUUCGGCCUCUAUUGGACGCCGGUCUUCGCGCUCUGUCAGCGGCAGCAGUGAGCCGGGCGCGGCCUCGGGGGCUGGUCUAUGAGCAGCAUGGAGAGCCGGCUCAGGUCCUAAACCUAAAGGACAUAGAUCUGGCAGAGCUGGGUGAUUCUGAAGUCUACGUGAAAAUGAUUGCAGCCCCUAUCAAUCCAUCAGACAUCAACAUGAUUCAAGGGACUUAUGCUAUUCUUACUGACUUGCCUGCAGUCGGUGGGAAUGAAGGAGUUGGACAAGUGGUUGAAACUGGGAGCCAUGUGGCUUCUCUGAAGCCUGGGGACUUGGUGAUCCCAGCUGAUGCAGGGCUCGGAACGUGGCGAACAGAGGCAAUAUUUGGCGAAGAAACCUUGCUGAAAAUGCCUCCUGAUAUCCCACUGACUUGUGCUGCCACAUUGGGUGUCAACCCCUGCACAGCUUAUCGGAUGCUGUCAGACUUUGAGGCCUUGAAGCCAGGAGAUUCAGUCAUCCAGAAUGCAGCCAAUAGUGGAGUGGGUCAGGCUGUUAUCCAGAUCGCAGCUGCCAAGGGUAUCAAAACAAUAAAUGUGGUCAGAGAUAGACCCAACCUCCAGGAGCUUGUAGAUAGAUUGAAGUCCCUUGGAGCAGACCACGUCAUCACAGAGGAGAUGCUGAGAAAACCAGAAGGAAAAGACUUGUUUAAGAAAAUUCCUAGGCCCGUAUUAGCUCUGAAUGGCGUAGGAGGGAAAAGUGCAACUGAGUUGCUGCGUCACCUGCAGCACAAAGGGACCAUGGUUACCUAUGGGGGGAUGUCAAAGCAGCCCGUGACAGUCCCUGUGAGUGCACUGAUCUUUAAGGAUGUGAAACUUCGCGGCUUUUGGAUGACCCAGUGGAAAAGAGACUAUGCCCAGAACAAGAAGGAACUGAGAGGAAUGAUUGCAGAUCUGUGCAGUCUCAUUCGUAAGGGUCAACUCACAGCUCCAGCCUGUCAAGAGGUCCCAUUGGUAGACUACCAAGCUGCUUUGGAAGCCUCUAUGAAACCCUAUGUAUCAACUAAACAGAUCCUCCUCAUGUGAAACCAGUCCAAUGGGAAAUUGUAUACAGGUGGUUCAGAUAGGAGUUCAGGACCAGCUGGCCUGAGUGCUUCCAGGACUAGAGAAUUGAACUUUUUCAUGGUUCCAUGUCUAUAACUCGGGAGAGGCAGAAUUGUGGGAAGGAAAUAGCCAAGACUUUAUCACUGUCCAGCCAUAAUGUGAUGGAAGAUUAAUGCUCUUGUUUCGAUACAACCAAGAAACACAAGCAAAAGAUGGGUGCAGAAUAAGCUAGGCAAUCCUGCUCUCAGCAGUUCUGUACCCUGAUUCAGGUUUUCAGUGAAGUAGGUGCACGCAAGCUGCUGUGUGUUUGCAUUCAGAGUACUUACUGCCAAAGCUUGUGAUCAGACGCAAGAUGGUUGUAGAACUGUGUUUGGUGUGCACAUGUCUCACUAGUUGCCUGGCGAUGGGUCACUUUCUUUCUUCCUAUAGCAUACUUUUGCUGGCUGCAGUUAAGCACAGUUAAUCUACAGUAUAUACAGAAACCUGAUUAUGUGGAUAGAUUGCAUUUUCUAGACCGAAUCACUACUAUGUAACUAGAAGGUAUUUUCCCCACUUUAGACAGAAAAUAGCUUUUGAGCCAUUAACAGCAAAAUCUAUGGCAGCUUCCUACAGAACCUUCUUUUUUCUUUUGUUCUCCACUUCCUGCUCUGCCUGGUCACUCUUGUAUCUACAAGUGUUGCAAGGAUGCAGCCAACUUUACAUUACCACCUCCAAAAUAUUGUUACAUCUAAGCCAUUCCUGUGUCUUCAUCAAACACACAUCUAUUUUAAGAAGUUGUAACAUGCACCCAUCAUUCAAAUUUAGACACGUAAGAGAUUGUGCCAUAGAGUGCCAAGAAAUGAGUGCCAUAAAAUGUUAUGUAGGAAGGCUGAUCUGGUCAGGACUUCAGGGAAGGUGAGGCUUAACUACUAGACCUCUUAAUAGUAUCUUGUGCCUCCUAGUUCAAUUAUUGGUCUGUUAGAGGCAGGCAACAUAAGGGGUUGUGUCUCGUCCACUAAGGCUGUUCCCCUGGAGUAGCCAGUUUGCAGUUGAGUUUCAGGGCUACAUUGUCUGAGCCUUGACAUGGCAGAUGUAGCCUGUGGUCCUGAAGAGUUGUCCUGUUCCUAAUCUGUAUAUAUAAUGCAUAGAAAAGAUGGUUUUUGAAUUGGUUAUUUAUAGCAAGAUGGUUGUAACUGAAAUAAAGGCAAAUAGUAUUUGAUUGCAAACCUGUUCUUGCAGAACCGUGUAAUGGCCGUUGAAAUGCCAGUGAUUUUCAUUUCCAAUAAAGUUCUCUAGCUCUGAUCAGUGAUGAGAUU